CCUUCUUUUGUCGUUGUCCAACACUUAAGCCGGCGGCGUCUUCGCAGAUUUAUUUGCAAUUUUUGUGCCGAAAAAAAAAGAAAAAAUUCCCCUCUCCUAUAACAGUUUAUUCGUAAUAAAGAUAAACUUGAACGAAAAUGGCAGCCGCUAUUGAUGGCAUUUUCCCGGCGUCCUUGCAGGAGCUGGUGAAAAAGUCAAAGGUUCUUGUCGUGGGAGCUGGUGGAAUUGGCUGCGAGGUGCUCAAGAACCUUGUGCUCAGCGGCUUCACGGAUAUAGAAAUUAUCGAUCUGGACACUAUUGAUUUGAGCAACUUGAACCGUCAGUUCCUCUUCCAUCGCGAGCACGUUGGAAAGUCAAAGGCGCGUGUGGCGCGUGAGAGUGCUUUGAGCUUCAAUCCAGAUGCCAAGAUUACUGCAUAUCAUGACAGCGUUACAUCAACCGAUUAUGGUGUCAACUUCUUCAAGAAGUUCGAUGUUGUGCUGAGUGCUUUGGACAACAGGGCCGCCAGAAAUCAUGUGAAUCGCAUGUGUUUAAAUGCUGAUGUGCCUUUGGUCGAAAGUGGCACUUCUGGGUAUAAUGGACAAGUGGAGCUCAUCAAGCGGGGACUGACACAGUGCUAUGAAUGUAUGCCUAAGGAGGCGCAGCGUAGUUUCCCGGGGUGCACAAUUCGAAACACCCCUUCAGAGCCGAUUCACUGCAUAGUGUGGGCCAAGCAUCUGUUCAAUCAACUCUUUGGGGAGUCGCAGGAAGAUGAAGACAUUUCACCCGAUGCCGCCGAUCCAGAUGCCAAGGAUGCAUCAGAAAAAGAUGGGGAGGCAGAUGCUGAGAAUAAGGAAAAGGAUGAGGAAGCGGAUAAAGAUGAAGCGGAUAAAGUUGGCGUUGCCGCCAACGGCAAUAUAGUGCGCAUUAAUACGCGACAGUGGGCCAAGGACUGCAACUACGAUGCCGGAAAGCUCUUCAACAAGUUCUUUAACGAGGACAUCAACUAUUUGCUGUGCAUGUCGAAUCUUUGGAAGACGCGCAAGGCACCCGUUCCAGUUCAAUGGGAUACUCUUUUACCAGAAGGGGCGGCCGAUGGCGAGACGGAAUUCGCCAAACAGCACCACAAGGUAUGGAGCGUUGAGGAGAGUGCCCACAUCUUUGCCAAUGCUUUGAAGGAGCUGAGGGCCUCUUUGCUAAAGCUAGAGGGUGAUGAUACUUUAGUGUGGGACAAGGACGAUCGCCCCGCCAUGGACUUUGUGGCUGCCUGCGCCAACGUUCGAUCUCACAUCUUCAAUAUAGAGCAAAAAUCUCGAUUCGAAAUCAAGUCAAUGGCGGGCAACAUAAUACCCGCUAUUGCCACAACUAAUGCCAUUACGGCGGGAAUUUCCGUGAUGCGGGCAUUCAAUGUCUUGGAAUCCAAGUGGGAACAGUGCAAGGCAGUCUAUACCCGAUUGCGGUUGAACGCACGUAACCAGAUCCUUGUACCGGAACUAUUUUUCCCCAAGCCCAACCCCAACUGUUAUGUGUGCUCCAGUGAUCCAGCUAUAGGGCUUAAAAUUGACACCAAGAAAGUAAACAUCAAGCAGCUGCGCGACGAUGUGCUUAUCAAGACACUCAACAUGCUCAAUCCUGAUGUUACGGUGGAGAGCACCGGCUCGAUCCUUAUAUCCUCAGAGGAGGGCGAGACCGAGAGCAACGAGGGAAAGCUACUGAGCGAAAUGAACAUCGUGGAUGGUGUGAUUCUCAAGUGUGACGACUUUUUCCAAAACUAUGAGCUGAGCAUUAUAAUUUCUCAUUUCGAUUCCGAGAGGGAUGAGGCUCUGUUUGAAGUUAUUGCCGAUCCCAACCAACUGAAACCGAAAGAGCAGGAUAAGGAGGAAACCGUGGUAGAAUCAGAAGAAAAAGUGGCCAAAAAGCGAUCUGCUAAUGGAAAUGAAGUUGCCGCCGACGAUGGUCCAUCGACUUCAAAGAAGAGUCGACCUACGAUAGUGGAGGACGACGACGACGAUGAUUGUCUGUUGAUUGAGGAAGAUGAGACUGCUGCAGAAGAAGCUGCCGUCGUCAGUGAUAAGCAGAGUUCACCGAAAACAGCUACGAAGCGCAAACCCAGCACUGAAGUAAUCGAUGAUGACGAGGACAUCACAGAGAUUCUGGACUCCUCCGACGAAGAGGCUGCUGGGCCCACCCAGUGCAAACGCUCCCGGCUGGAUGAACAUCCGACUCCCGUUGAAAUCAUCAAUAUUGAUUAAGAAAACAUUCGAAUAAGUCAUCAGCCACAUUCUACGAUGUUCUAGUUUUUUACAGAAAUGCAUUUUUUUUAUU